CACGCUAGGAAAUGACCUAAGCGGCGGCGAGGCGCCAGGAGCGCCGCGGAUGCGGGGCGCGCGCACCAUGCCUGCCGAGCGGCCUCCGGGCAUGCGGGCGCGGCGCCGGCGCGGCAGGUGCUGUCAUUAGUCCCAACCCAGUAAAGAGCUCUUGUGGCUGGAUGGUCAUGGGGGAGCCUGGUAGAGAAGAGUAUAAAAUCCAGUCUUUUGAUGCAGAGACCCAGCAGCUGCUGAAGACAGCCCUCAAAGCCAACUCUCUUGAAUGUGCAGAGCUGCCUGACUUGGGACAGAGGAUGGAGUGUUCUGCUUGGCAGAGGAGCUACAGUAAUUGUCCUGGACCAGUGCCUUCCUGCAGCACUCAGGACAGACAUCCAGGUGCCGUGGACUUGGAGAAAGUGGCCAAUGUGAUUGUGGACCAUUCUCUGCAGGACUGUGUGUUCAGCAAGGAAGCAGGACGCAUGUGCUACGCCAUCAUUCAGGCGGAGACCAAGCAAGCAGGCCAGAGUGUCUUCCGCCGUGGACUCCUCAACCGGCUGCAGCAGGAGUACCAGGCUCGGGAACAGCUUCGAGCCCGCUCCCUGCAGGGCUGGGUCUGCUAUGUCACCUUUAUCUGCAGCAUCUUUGACUACCUGAGGGUGAACAACAUGCCCAUGAUGGCCCUGGUGAACCCUGUCUAUGACUGCCUCUUCCGGCUGGCCCAGCCCGACAGCCUGAGCCAGGAGGAGGAGGUGGACUGCCUGGUGCUGCAGCUGCACCGGGUAGGGGAGCAGCUGGAGAAGAUGAACGGACAGCGCAUGGAUGAGCUCUUUGUCCUGCUCCGGGAUGGCUUUCUGCUCCCAACCGGCCUCAGCUCGCUGGCCCAGCUGCUGCUGCUGGAGAUCAUCGAGUUCCGGGCAGCCGGCUGGAAGACGACCCCGGCUGCCCACAAGUAUUACUACAGCGAGGUCUCUGACUAGGCCUCCUCCCCGGCAGCACCGGCCUUUCUUCUACCCACCUCCCAGACAUUUUCCCUUCCAGACUUUCAAAAGCAUCCAAGAUGUUUCCCACUUACAUGCAGUGAUCCCACCCUGAGCAUCUUCCUUUCGAUUCCAGAAUUGGGGAAGACACCGAACAGACCUGCCUCACAGUCCCAUCAGCGUUUCUCUCCCCUCACCUUCUUCCUGGGCCAGGCAGAGAAAGGCAACUCCUGACAAGCACUGCACUGUGUAACCAUUAGUGCAAUAGCUCUCUUGGUGCCUCAGUUUCCCCAUCUGUAAAAUGGGUACACAGAGCCAUUGGUGGGGUGCUUUGGAAUAUCAAAAGGGAGAAGCAGAGUCACACCAGAAACUGCUUUUUAUACAUUUUGUACAAGAACCACUUUGGAACCAAGCGUAUUUCCUCCAGUUGGUUUUAAUGAAUGGCCACACCAAGUCACAUGCUACACCACCUCAGGAUGAGAAUUUCCUAAUAAACUUUUUCUGAUACUAAAA